ACUGAUGUUCACACAGUUUCACCUCUCAGUACAAACCUGCGUAGCUUCACAUUUAUAAACCAUGUCUUGGUUCAAGUCUCUUUCUUUCUCGGGAGGAGAUGUGUUCGAUGAAAGCGGAGACGAGCUGAGCCUGCAGAGCAGAGAGUGGAUCUCCAACAUGAAGAAACGUGUCAGGGACGGGUACGUGGAUGGGGUCGAUGCCGGAGAAGAGGCCUCACUACAGCUCGGUUUCGACAUGGGCUUCAGUGAAGGAGCAGCUCAGACAGCAGCUGUGGGUCGCCUCAAAGGAAUAGUGAGCGCUAUAGGCUGCUGGUGCCAGUUCCAGCAUCCGGAAAACCCCGUCCCUGCCUCCGUGUGCGACCUCCUGCAGCAGGUUUCCCAGCACGAAGACGCCAUCAUGGAGGGCAUCAAGAGGGCUUUGGAGAACCCUCCCCCCAGCGUGAGCGACGUCUCGGAGUCCAUGGAGGAGCUGGAGGUGGACCAGGCCGAUCAGGGGUGUUGCGGAGGAGGUGGAGGAGGAUGUAAAGAGGAGGACUGCUGCAAAGGUGGAGGAGGAGGAGGAGAAAAAAUGGAGGAGGAUGUUCCUCAGAGGCCUCAGAAGCUGCGGUCGAGAUCCAGCGCCGGCUCGUCCAGCUCGGGAGAGAACUUUGAACUCCUCCUGCAGCGCUGCGUGGAUUUGGUGACGGAGCUCGGACUGCCGCAGGAGCUGAUCGGUCACAUACGAGAGCUGAAGAACAUGUAGAGACUGAGGAAGAGGAAGAAUUGAGGGAAGGAAGGAAGGAAGG